AAUACAAUCAACUCAAAAGAAAGUGAAACUUCAAUCUAACAUUUUCGUUUUCAGGCUUCAACCUGCCAAUCUUCGUUUUUUUCCCCGUAAUUGAGGCUGGACGUUCGCUAUUCUAUGUGUUUUUUUGGUAAAACUAUUAUAUUUAGAAGGGUACUAAUGUACAAUUAACAGAGACUUGCAGUGAACAUUCUGGAAACCUAGCCAUGGAACUCAGUGUUCUCGAGAUGAACUGGGUUUUCUACUUUUACUUUGCACAAGGACGAGGCUAAUGGCCACAUGAAUUCUAUGCAGCUUUUUCCUUUUUCCAAUACAACUACGAGAAGAGGUCAAAGGGUACCCAAUCCUCCACCCAAACUUAGGCUGUCCAAUAAUCUCUCUCGUUUUCUACGUGUCUGUCUCCGAUGAAAAUGUGCACUAGUUGAAAAAUACUCUCCUGAAAUCGUGGUCUGCGGACGGAGAUCCUAGUGCGGGAGUGCUCUUCACGAUCUCUCCACUUCUGUCUCUUUCUCUCUCUCUCUUUUCUCUUUCCCGCAUACAUUGUUGACGUUGCAUAAUUUCGGAUCACCACAUGACCAUUUGCUUUUCCUUUUUCUCUGUUUGAACUUCCCAAUGCAAAUUAACCCAUUUCUCUCCCUCCCUCUUCUUCCCUCUAUGUUUCUGUCCUUUUUCUUGGUGUCUUUUCUUGUUUGAAGGGUUAUCUUUUGUGGGUUUUCUUGGGUUUUGUCUUCUAUUCAACUUUCUAAGAUUCUUUGACUCCCCCCUUUCCUCUUUUAAUAUUGUUGGGCUUUAUCUCUUAUUGUUAGUUUUGGGGGUUUCUUGGAUUUUCUUUUGUAUUCUUUUGCUUUUUGGUUACAUUUCUCCUUUUCGCCAACUUAUAUUUGUCACAUAUUGUGAGUUGGAUACAGUCUUUCUGUUAAAUUUUAUGGGCUGUUGAUGUCAUUGGCUGUUGGUGCGGCGUCAAGUACCAAAAUCAUGGGUUUGGAUGAGCAAAGCAACGAGGAAGUUUCAGAGACAAAAGCAACAGAAAAAACAUCUCCAGAUGGAGAAGAAGAACAUCAACAUGAUGAACCUAAAACUGGUGGAAUCAGCAGACAAAUGAGUGAUGGUUCUGUUUGCCCAACCGAGGAAGAAGAAGAGGAUGAAGAGAGGAAGAUUGAGCUGGGUCCUCAGUACACUCUCAAAGAACAACUUGAAAAAGAUAAGGAUGAUGAGAGCUUGAGGAGGUGGAAGGAACAGCUCCUUGGAAGUGUGGAUUUUAAUUCUGUUGGAGAAACUCUAGAUCCAGAAGUUAAGAUCCUGAGUCUGGCAAUCAAGUCUCCUGGUAGAUCUGAUAUUGUUCUUUCCAUUCCUGAGGAUGGAAAUCCUAAAGGCAUAUGGUUCACCUUAAAAGAAGGCAGCCGCUAUAGCCUGCAGUUUACUUUUCAGGUUGGCAAUAACAUUGUUUCUGGCCUCAAGUACACUAACACAGUUUGGAAAACUGGUGUGAAGGUGGAUAGCGCAAAGGAGAUGCUCGGAACCUUCAGUCCUCAGGCAGAACCUUACACACAUGAGAUGCCUGAGGAAACUACUCCAUCUGGUAUGUUUGCUAGAGGAAACUACACUGCUAAAAGUAAGUUUGUUGAUGACGAUAACAAGUGCUAUUUGGAGAUCAACUACACAUUUGAUAUCCGUAAAGAGUGGCUGUCGACUUAAAAUCUGUCGAAUUUAUUUCUUUUCACCUUCAGAUUUCAUUGUUGCAGCUCAAGUCAAUUGUUUUCCCAGUAUGAUUUGGAUGUUAAGAUUUGUUUUUGUUGUCUUAUUUAUGAAUCCUGUCUGAGACUGGUCUUCUCAACAAUGAAGGGAGGAUUUUAUUUUUUA